UUGAACAUUCACAUGUCAUUAUGGAGGGUAAAUCUCAAGGCAGUACAGAUUUGUCCAGCGAUAUUGAUUCUCAAAACAUAACAUGCUUUUAUUUUCCAACAUCCUUCUCAUCACAGAAGGUGCUGUUGGCGCUCUAUGAAAAGAAUGUCCAGUUCAAACCCAAGCUUGUGAGUUUGUUCCAUGGUCAGCACAUGGAGCCAUGGUAUGUCCGACUAAACCCUGAUGGCGUCCAUGUGCCGGUGUUGAAGGAUGGGGCAAAGAUCAUCAACAACCCAGAAGAAAUCAUUGAUUAUAUCGACAUGAUGUCCGACACAGGUCCUACCCUCGUCCCUGACCUCAAGACCUCCCUGGGUCAGUCAGUAGCAUCCGUGCGAGAACAGCUGACGGGAAUUCCUGUGGACGUCAUCACAUACGGCAUCAUCUUCCACCCCCACUUGUCAGCAUCCGGUUGCCGGCUGCCCUUCGCAGUACAGAGGAGCAUGAGAGAAAACUUUGCCAAACGUCUCUGUUAUUUGACCCACAAAGCAACAAGACAUCCCAGUCUACGCGAUGGCUACCUUGCCAAGAGUCAGACAGCUGCCCAAAAAUAUGACAUCAUCACUGAUGAAGAGAAGGUGAAAGGACAACUGGAUCAACUGGACAACAUUUUCUCAGACAUUGAGAUAUUGCUGAGGAGAACAAAAGAAGGUUCAGAUGAUAGUGGUGAGUUAUGGCUGUUUGGGAAAAUGAUCACAGCAGCCGACAUUUCGCUGACUAUUUUAUUGUCCCGUCUGUCACUCCUGGGAAUGGAGGCACGGUACUUCCCAGCCAAGACAUGCCCCAACAUACACAAGUACUACCAGCUGUUCCAGAAGAGGUCGACCUUCAGGCGCAUCCAGUAUGAGAUCAACGACCUGCGGUGGACGCUGGUGGUGGAGGAUUUGAAGGCUGCAGCCCCCUACAUGCUUGGAGCAGCCGGGGUCCUCAUAGCAGCGGGGCUUGUGGCCUGGCUUGUCAAGACCAUACAGAAGUAGUGGAUGUUGGAAUUAGUGUAAUACUAAUAGCAUUUCCGUCACUUCAUAGAGCUCAGUGCAAUAGAAACUAACACAUUUCAUAUUUGUAUAGUGACAGUAUGUUUCUUAAAGAAUCUCAUUGCAUAUUUUGUUUACCAAAGAUUGAUUUGUUUUCUCUCUUAUGCUAAGCAAUUGAAGUAAGUUAUUUAUUCCUUCAUAUGUAGCCACAGAUACCUUGUUUCAAUCGGUAUCCUGGUCAUGAAGCCACGGCAGGGAGUUAAAGUCAAGGGCCUGUGUACAAAGUUGGGAACAGACGAUAGUUUGUGGUCCAAUGUCAGUGUGGGCCUUUUAGAAUACCAGUGUUGUAUCGUACUUGCCUAGAUACCAGUGCAUGGACAUGAAGAGAGAAGAAUACCAAAAACACUUCACACUUGAUUUAUCAUUUCCAAAUAAGCUUGUAUGUAAAACUACAUUACCAAGACCAGUACUACUUUGUUAAAAGUAUUAGGCUGAUGUAUUUGUGGAAUGGUUGACUAUGUCAGUGUGGUUCUGUGUACAUGUGUCAGAAGAAGUCCUAGUUACUGUGUGUUGUGUGGUAGUGCCUGGCUCAUAUUGCCCCUGUACAUUAUGUGUACUGUCAGAAAGGAGCAGUUUGAUGCAUCUCCUCUGAAAAACAUGCUAUGAUCCACUUUUAGCAUAUCUAAUCAAAGAUCCACGUUUAGCAAUUCCCAUCAAAGAUCCACUUUUAGCAAUUCUAAUCAAUUGAAAGUGGAGACAACAAUAGCCAACUGUAACAAACUCAUGAUCUGCUUCAGUCUCUGUUGUCACUUCGACUUGAGGCAGUUGGAGCCCACUGUAGGUCGUGAUCUGCAUCUGUCUCUGUUGUCACUUCGACUUGAGGCAGUUGGAGCCCACUGUAGGUCGUGAUCUGCAUCUGUCUCUGUUGUCACUUCAACUUGUGGCAGUUGGAGCCCACUGUAGGUCGUGAUCUGCUUCUGUCUCUGUUGUCACUUCAACUUGUGGCAUUUGGAGCCCACUGUAGGUCAUGAUCUGCAUCUGUCUCUGUUGUCACCCCAACUUGUGGCAGUUGGAGCCCACUGUAGGUCGUGAUCUGCAUCUGUCUCUGUUGUCACUUCAACUUGAGGCAGUUGGAGCCCACUGUAGGUCGUGAUCUGCUUCUGUCUCUGUUGUAACCCCAACUUGUGGCAGUUGGAGUCCACUGUAGGUCGUGAUCUGCAUCUGUCUCUGUUGUCACUUCAACUUGUGGCAGUUGGAGCCCACUGUAGGUCGUGAUCUGCUUCUGUCUCUGUUGUCACUUCAACUUGUGGCAGUUGGAGCCCACUGAAGGUCGUGAUCUGCUUCUGUCUCUGUUGUCACUUCAACUUGUGGCAGUUGGAGCCCACUGUAGGUCGUGAUCUGCUUCUGUCUCUGUUGUCAAUUCAACUUGUGGCAGUUGGAGCCCACUGUAGGUCAUGAUCUGCUUCUGUCUCUGUUGUCACUUCAACUUGUGGCAGUUGGAGCCCACUGUAGGUGGUGAUCUGCAUCUGUCUCUGUUGUCACUUCACUUUGUGGCAGUUGGAGCCCACUGUAGGUCGUGAUCUGCUUCUGUCUCUGUUGUCACUUCAACUUGUGGCAGUUGGAGCCCACUGUAGGUCGUGAUCUGCUUCUGUCUCUGUUGUCACCCCAACUUGUGGCAGUUGGAGCCCACUGUAGGUCAUGAUCUGCUUCUGUCUCUGUUGUCACCCCAACUUGAGGCAGUUAGAGCCCACUGUAGGUCGUGAUCUGCUUCUGUCUCUGUUGUCACCCCAACUUGUGGCAGUUGGAGUCCACUGUAGGUCGUGAUCUGCUUCUGUCUCUGUUGUCACCCCAACUUGAGGCAGUUGGAGCCCACUGUAGGUCGUGAUCUGCUUCUGUCUCUGUUGUCACCCCAACUUGUGGCAGUUGGAGCCCACUGUAGGUCGUGAUCUGCAUCUGUCUCUGUUGUCAAUUCAACUUGAGGCAGUUGGAGCCCACUGUAGGUCGUGAUCUGCUUCUGUCUCUGUUGUCACUUCAACUUGUGGCAGUUGGAGCCCACUGUAGGUCGUGAUCUGCUUCUGUCUCUGUUGUCACUUCAACUUGUGGCAGUUGGAGCCCACUGUAGGUCGUGAUCUGCUUCUGUCUCUGUUGUCACUUCAACUUGUGGCAGUUGGAGCCCACUGUAGGUCGUGAUCUGCUUCUGUCUCUGUUGUCACCCCAACUUGUGGCAGUUGGAGCCCACUGUAGGUCGUGAUCUGCUUCUGUCUCUGUUGUCACCCCAACUUGUGGCAGUUGGAGCCCACUGUAGGUCCUGAUCUGCUUCUGUCUCAGUUGUCACCCCAACUUGUGGCAGUUGGAGCCCACUGUAGGUCGUGAUCUGCUUCUGUCUCUGUUGUCACCCCAACUUGUGGCAGUUAGAGCCCACUGUAGGUCGUGAUCUGCAUCUGUCUCUGUUGUCACUUCAACUUGUGGCAGUUGGAGCCCACUGUAGGUCGUGAUCUGCUUCUGUCUCUGUUGUCGACCCAACUGGUGGCAGUUGGAGCCCACUGUAGGUCAUGAUCUGCUUCUGUCUCUGUUGUCACCCCAACUUGAGUCAGUUGGAGCCCACUGUAGGUCGUGAUCUGCUUCUGUCUCUGUUGUCACCCCAACUUGUGGCAGUUGGAGCCCACUGUAGGUCGUGAUCUGCUUCUGUCUCUGUUGUCACCCAAACUUGAGGCAGUUGGAGCCCACUGUAGGUCGUGAUCUGCUUCUGUCUCUGUUGUCACUUCAAUUUGUGGCAGUUGGAGCCCACUGUAGGUCGUGAUCUGCUUCUGUCUCUGUUGUCACCCAAACUUGUGGCAGUUGGAGACCACUGUAGGUUGUGAUCUGCUUCUGUCUCUGUUGUCACUUCAACUUGAGGCAGUUGGAGCCCACUGUAGGUCGUGAUCUGCUUCUGUCUCUGUUGUCACUUCAACUUGUGGCAGUUGGAGCCCACUGUAGGUCGUGAUCUGCUUCUGUCUCUGUUGUCAAUUCAACUUGUGGCAGUUGGAGCCAACUGUAGGUCGUGAUCUGCUUCUGUCUCUGUUGUCAAUUCAACUUGUGGCAGUUGGAGCCCACUGUAGGUCGUGAUCUGCUUCUGUCUCUGUUGUCACCCCAACUUGAGGCAGUUGGAGCCCACUGUAGGUCAUGAUCUGCUUCUGUCUCUGUUGUCACUUCAACUUGUGGCAGUUGGAGCCCACUGUAGGUCGUGAUCUGCUUCUGUCUCUGUUGUCAAUUCAACUUGUGGCAGUUGGAGCCCACUGUAGGUCGUGAUCUGCUUCUGUCUCUGUUGUCACUUCAACUUGAGGCAGUUGGAGCCCACUGUAGGUCGUGAUCUGCUUCUGUCUCUGUUGUCACUUCAACUUGUGGCAGUUGGAGCCCACUGUAGGUCGUGAUCUGCUUCUGUCUCUGUUGUCACUUCAACUUGAGGCAGUUGGAGCCCACUGUAGGUCGUGAUCUGCAUCUGUCUCUGUUGUCACUUCAACUUGAGGCAGUUGGAGCCCACUGUAGGUCGUGAUCUGCUUCUGUCUCUGUUGUCACUUCAACUUGAGGCAGUUGGAGCCCACUGUAGGUCAUGAUCUGCAUCUGUCUCUGUUGUCACUUCAACUUGAGGCAGUUGGAGCCCACUGUAGGUCGUGAUCUGCUUCUGUCUCUGUUGUCACCCCAACUUGAGGCAGUUGGAGCCCACUGUAGGUCGUGAUCUGCUUCUGUCUCUGUUGUCACUUCAACUUGUGGCAGUUGGAGCCCACUGUAGGUCGUGAUCUGCUUCUGUCUCUGUUGUCACUUCAACUUGUGGCAGUUGGAGCCCACUGUAGGUCGUGAUCUGCUUCUGUCUCUGUUGUCACUUCAACUUGUGGCAGUUGGAGCCCACUGUAGGUCGUGAUCUGCUUCUGUCUCUGUUGUCACUUCAACUUGUGGCAGUUGGAGCCCACUGUAGGUCGUGAUCUGCUUCUGUCUCUGUUGUCACUUCAACUUGUGGCAGUUGGAGCCCACUGUAGGUCAUGAUCUGCUUCUGUCUCUGUUGUCACCCCAACUUGAGGCAGUUGGAGCCCACUGUAGGUCGUGAUCUGCAUCUGUCUCUGUUGUCACUUCAACUUGUGGCAGUUGGAGCCCACUGUAGGUCAUGAUCUGCUUCUGUCUCUGUUGUCACUUCAACUUGAGGCAGUUGGAGCCCACUGUAGGUCGUGAUCUGCUUCUGUCUCUGUUGUCACUUCAACUUGUUGCAGUUGGAGCCCACUGUAGGUCGUGAUCUGCUUCUGUCUCUGUUGUCACUUUAACUUGUUGCAGUUGGAGCCCACUGUAGGUCGUGAUCUGCUUCUGUCUCUGUUGUCACCCCAACUUGUGGCAGUUGGAGCCCACUGUAGGUCGUGAUCUGCAUCUGUCUCUGUUGUCACUUCAACUUGAGGCAGUUGGAGCCCACUGUAGGUCGUGAUCUGCUUCUGUCUCUGUUGUCACUUCAACUUGUUGCAGUUGGAGCCCACUGUAGGUCGUGAUCUGCUUCUGUCUCUGUUGUCACCCCAACUUGUGGCAGUUGGAGCCCACUGUAGGUCGUGAUCUGCUUCUGUCUCAGUUGUCACCCCAACUUGUUGCAGUUGGAGCCCACUGUAGGUCGUGAUCUGCUUCUGUCUCUGUUGUCACCCCAACUUGUGGCAGUUGGAGCCCACUGUAGGUCGUGAUCUGCAUCUGUCUCUGUUGUCACUUCAACUUGUGGCAGUUGGAGCCCACUGUAGGUCGUGAUCUGCUUCUGUCUCUGUUGUCACUUCAAAUUGAGGCAGUUGGAGCCCACUGUAGGUCCUAAUCUGCUUCUGUCUCUGUUGUCACUUCAACUUGAGGCAGUUGGAGCCCACUGUAGGUCGUGAUCUGCUUCUGUCUCUGUUGUCACCCCAACUUGAGGCAGUUGGAGCCCACUGUAGGUCGUGAUCUGCUUCUGUCUCUGUUGUCACUUCAACUUGUUACAGUUGGAGCCCACUGUAGGUCGUGAUCUGCAUCUGUCUCUGUUGUCACUUCAACUUGAGGCAGUUGGAGCCCACUGUAGGUCCUGAUCUGCUUCUGUCUCUGUUGUCACUUUAACUUGUGGCAGUUGGAGCCCACUGUAGGUCGUGAUCUGCUUCUGUCUCUGUUGUCACUUUAACUUGUGGCAGUUGGAGCCCACUGUAGGUCGUGAUCUGCAUCUGUCUCUGUUGUCACUUUAACUUGUGGCAGUUGGAGCCCACUGUAGGUCGUGAUCUGCAUCUGUCUCUGUUGUCACUUCAACUUGUGGCAGUUGGAGCCCACUGUAGGUCGUGAUCUGCUUCUGUCUCUGUUGUCACUUCAAAUUGAGGCAGUUGGAGCCCACUGUAGGUCCUGAUCUGCUUCUGUCUCUGUUGUCACUUCAACUUGAGGCAGUUGGAGCCCACUGUAGGUCGUGAUCUGCUUCUGUCUCUGUUGUCACCCCAACUUGAGGCAGUUGGAGCCCACUGUAGGUCGUGAUCUGCUUCUGUCUCUGUUGUCACUUCAACUUGUUACAGUUGGAGCCCACUGUAGGUCGUGAUCUGCUUCUGUCUCUGUUGUCACUUCAACUUGUUGCAGUUGGAGCCCACUGUAGGUCGUGAUCUGCUUCUGUCUCUGUUGUCACUUUAACUUGUUGCAGUUGGAGCCCACUGUAGGUCGUGAUCUGCUUCUGUCUCUGUUGUCACCCCAACUUGUGGCAGUUGGAGCUCAC